AUGGAAACGGAAGGAAAUUAUUUCGCGUACUGUUUGGACACGAACACCAAAAAAAAUUACUUCAUUGUACCGUCUAAGUAUUUGAAACCAAGAGCAAAUGCAAGACAUUCGAAUCCAGGAGUUGCCUGGGACACCCUUGGACAAGAAUUCUGGGGAGGUGUGUUCCAAUCAGCAUGGCACGUGUCUUUGGAGGUUGACCUUGACGAUGGGUCCUUCCUGGACCAGACACCCAAGACUGACGCAGAUUUUGAGCACUUGCUGACCGAGGCAGAGUACAAAGAAUGUCUCGUUCUUGCCACUGCUUCCUCUGUCCAAGAACUGCAACAGUACGUUGGAACGUGCAACAUCAAAGUUCCAAAAAAAUACCGACGGUUGGAUUUUUCCGACGCUUCAGGAAGUCAACAACACGACGAGUCGCAGCAGAAUGAAAAGCGAUUAUGGAGUAGCGAAUGCAAUCAGCAAACAAAAAAUGAGGAUUUCUCAACGGCAUCAAAAAGCUUGGAAAAGCCAAACUCCACCUCAAAAAAUGUUUCUACAGGAGCAACUCCUUUCGUUACGCCAAUUGUAUUCGAAGAUCCGAUCGAGUCGCAUGAUGACUCAGAGAAUGAGAUAGACUAUUCGCACAUUCGGUCUGAAGGAGUAGCUAACCUAGGAUUUUUUGAAUAUGAAAUAGAUGGAAAAGUCAAUAGACAAAACGCAGACAAUGUUUGUGUCUUAGUCAUUCACUACGAUUUCAUAAAUGAUCCGCUGUUCCGAAACGGAGACGCCUCUGACAUAGACAACCUCAAGACUUCUCUCGGGAAAAACCGAAAUUGCAAUUUCCGUGACAUUCUGUCACCGAGCAAAAAGACUUUGCUCAAACUUCUCAGCGAUCGAGAAAAGCUUUUGCGGUUUUUCAACUUACAAGACGAAGUGCCCUCUGUUUUCAUGCUUUUCUUUCUCUCUCAUGGGACUGUAAACGGAGAAAUAUGGACCAACCAUUUCGAUAGGGAAACCAAUAACCGCGUGUCUUUCACAACAGAUGAAGUCUUUGACUCAUUACAGAAGCUACAGAGAUUCGACCAAUGUUUGAAAGUCGUGAAUUUUGGGUCAUGUCGGGGGUCCUUGUACGAUUCUAAGUUUUGCUCGAAGAAUUCAUUAGAAAACUAUGAAAACAAGAAUUCCUGUAGAAUAACCAGUCACCCGGGAAUGCACAACUGUGUCGUGUUCUAUUCGACAGUAGAAACGACAUUAGCAAAUACUGAUGGGAGUGGUUCAUGGUUUGUAAAAAACAUCUGCACAAGUCUGAACGAAGCAAUUGACGAGCCCUUGUUGAAUUUCUUCACAAUUGUUCAGAGUCGAAUGCAUCAAACGUCAUGCAAAUUUACGACUUUUGAUAAAAAUAUUCCUUUGGGGCAGACACCAGAGCUCAAAAUGUUUACACAAGACAGAAAAUUCUUAAUCUCAAAGACGACAAUCGCAGCAAAACCUUUUUCAAACACUGAUGGGUCUGGUAACGUGAGCAAGGUCUCAAAUGAAAUACUUUCCAGAGAGUUCUCCUGGAAAUCGAAUGAAGGACAAGAUAUCAGGGGUCGCAAAGGUUUCAUUUUAUCCUUGGCCCAAAACAAACAAGUGCAAGAAGUGAAAAGAGCUCUUCAUAAACUAGACUUCCAUAUCAGAGACUGGUCUCUUAGCAGUUUGUCCAAGGACUUUUAUUUUAAAAUGGUUUCCGAGUUGGAACCAGACGUGGGCUGCAUUUUGACCUGCAUAUUUGGCCCUGUGUGUGUAAACAAACACAAAGAGGUUUGCGUGCGCGUGCAAAAGGGUCAAGAGAUUCCAAUCAAGGACAUCCUACACAGUUUGGUCGGCCCAAAAAACGAUAAAUUGAUAGGAAAGCCGAAAAUUCUGUUCGUUGUUAACGUGGAAGCACCACAAACGGACAAUAUCCCCGUGCCAAUGAAAGAUUUACGAGUCGAUGCUACAAACCACAGUGGCUGGCUGGUGUUGAUUCUAAAAUUUGAAGAUGCAUUAGAGAAGUUGAUUGAACUUCUGGGAAAUAUUGGGGGAAAAAGCCUGCAAGAACAUCUGGGGCCUCUGCUAACUCGUGAGUCCAAUAUAGAGGAGAUGGUUCUUCUCAAUUCUACUUUGCAGUAUCUCUUGACAUUUCCUACUUGGCCAAGAACAUUUGUCAAACCAGAUUUUGCACUAAAAAAAACUGAAAUCCCCCGUGGCGAAAUGAGUAGAUUUAAAUAUUUAAUGGGAUAUCCUUUUGAGGAGAAGAUUGAUUUUAAAACAUUAAUAGGAAUGGCCAAACAAUUGUUUGAGGAAAACAAAAAUAAGAUAGAGCUUCAGACAAAGAGUCAUCAAAACAAAACAAAAUCUUCAAGUGAGGAUGAACCUUUGAUAAUAUCACUCAAAAACAUAAAAGCUUUCUCUACACCGAGUGAUUCAUCUGAUGCGAGCUAUUUUUGGAUAUUUAAUUCAGUUGCUGGAGCAGGCAAAUCGACCGUACUCGUAGAAAUGGCGCACCAACUCGCAAAAAUUGUUGAAGGGUUUCAAUUACUGCUGAUUCCUCUAAAAAAACAUUAUCGGUACUUACGUGAAAUGCCACUACAUAACGUGAAUGAAGUCAAUUUCCUCGCCAAAACAACUUGCAAUUCUCAUGACGACAUCAACAACUGGAUAAAGAAGAGAGAAGUUAUUGUUUUCCUCGACGGUUUUGACGAAGUGUGCCCAGAUUACAGAGAAAAAAUCAUCAAAAUUUUGAUCGCAUUGAAUAAUGCAAGAGUCCCACUCUUCAUCGGAACCAGGCCUCAUGAAUUGCACCACAUUCAAGAAAGAAUAAAAAACUCGACGAUAGUUGAGAUUGAAGCCCUGGAUGAAGAGAAGCAAAUCAAGUUUCUGAAGAAAGUGGCAGGAAAGAAAGAGGAAGAAAUCAAACAAUUGAGGACAAACUUCAAAGACAAACACAUUCUGGGAAACCCACUCUAUCUCAAAUUGUUGGCGGAGUACAAAGGUGAUGGAAACUUGUAUGACAUCUUUGACAAGAUAGUGCGGAACAAAGUGCAAAUUUGUUUGAAGAGAGAAAACGGAGGUAACGAUGUUGGAGAGGAGGCAAUUAAAAAUUCAUUGAAAUUCAUACAAUUGGUGGCCUCUCGUUUCUUAACAGGAGUGAAGAUCGACCAAGGCAGUGUUACUAAAGAAGCAUUGGAGAAGAUCAACGCUUUUGGAGUUGUGACAUACUGCAAUGAAAGAGUCGAUUUCACUCACCAAACAUUUGCAGAAUUUCUUACCGCUCAAAAAUUUAUAUACGACUUAAUAAAUCCAGUAGCUGAAGAAGUGCCCUUGUUCAACGAUGAAUUGGUGCAGUGCAGGAAGUUCGUUGACCUUUUCUUUUCUAUGGAAAAGGGGAAGGACGCGACUUACUUUGAUUCCUUUACGAAUUGGGCAGCUAAAUCAACCAGCCGUUUAAAUAUGGUCAUAAAAAUAUGUGGAGAGAACUUGAGAGAAAUGUUCAAGUUUCUCAAGCCAGCUGAUUUCUCAUUAAAAGAUAACAACGGUAAAAACGCUUUGCACUUCGCAUUACGGCACCUUGAGAUGGUCAAGUUGGUGCACCAAAAAAAUAGCGAGUUGGCGACCGAAACAACCAACACUGGAGAAAGCAGCCUCCACCUGGCGAUUGAUGACUACAAAUGCAGCGAAGAAGUGGCUCUUUGGAUCUUGAAAAACACUGAGGUGGGUAAAAAUGCUGAAACUAAAUUGAAUUACGCAACGCUUCUGCUGGCUUGUGAAAGAAAAAAAUGGGAAGUAGCAGCCCAGCUUGUAACGAAGCACAAUAUUGAAGUAAAUGAUCAAAAUAAAUCAUGUGGAAAAUCCAUUUUUCAGUACGCCGUCCAGUCGAAUAACACCGAUUUAGUGCAAGGACUUCUUGAUAGGGGCUCCAAUGUGAAUUCAAAAGAUAAUUAUGGAGUAACAGCCCUUCAUCUAGCAGCUGGAUCGAAUGGAAACUCAGAAAUUGUGAAAAUUUUGCUUGAAAAAGGUGCCAAAGUAAACGCACAAAACAAAGACAAACAAACUGCAUUGCAUUACGCCGCAGAAAAUAACGAAGUUAAAGAAGUGGUCCAAAAGCUGCUAGAACACGGCGCCGACGUUAAUUCACAAGACGAAGAAGGAAACACAGCUCUUCAUCUAGCUGCUAUGUCAUACGAAAAAAACGAAAUUGUGAAUAUUUUGCUUGAAAAUGGUGCCGAAUUAAACUUACAAAACAAUGAAAAACAAACUGCAUUACAUUACGCCUUCGAAAAUUUAGAAGAUAUGGAUGAUACAGAAGUGAUACAAAAGCUGCUAGAACACGGUGCCGACGUUAAUUCACAAGACGAAGAAGGAAACACAGCUCUUCACCUAGCAGCUAGAUCAUAUUUAAAUCCAGAAAUAGUGAAAAAAAUUAUUACGAAAGGUGCUAAAGUAGACUUACAGAACAAUGAAAAACGAACUGCAUUGCAUUACGCCGCUGGAAAUCACAAAGAUACAGAAGUAGUGCAAAAGAUUAUUGAAUGCUGCAUCGACAUAAAUUUACAAGACAAAGAAGGAUUCACAGCGCUUCACCUAGCAGCAAGGUCAAAUAGAAACCCUGAAAUUGUGAAAAUUUUGCUCGAAAAUGGUGCCAAGGUAAACUUAACAGACAAUAAAAAACGAAGUGCAUUGCAUCACGCCUUUAAAAAUGACGAAGUUACAGAAGUGGUUCAAAAAUUACUAGAAUGCGGUGCUGACGUUAACCUUCAAGAUGAAGAAGGAAUCACAGCUCUUCACCUAGCAGCUAAAUCAAAUGAAAACCCAGAAAUUGUACAGAUUUUGCUUGAAAAAAGUGCCAAAAUAAACGAAUUAGAAAAUGAUAAAUGGACCGCAUUGCAUUUUGCCGCUAAAUUUAACAAAGCUCCAGAAAUUAUCCAAAUGUUUCUAGAAAAAGGUGCCAACAUUAAUUCACGAAGUAAACAAGGAUCAACGGCCCUUCACCAAGCCGCUGGUUGGAACCCAAAUCCAGAAAUAGUGAACAUUUUGCUUAAAAAUGGUGCAAAAGUAAAUGAACUAGACAAUGAUGAACGGACCGCACUCGAUUUUGCCGCUAAAAGUAACCCAGUUGCCAAAGUGGUCCAAACGUUGCUGGAAAACGGCGCUGACAUUCACUCACGAAGUCAACAAGGGUCAUCGCCCCUUCACCAAGCCGCAGGUUGGAACAAAAACCCUGAAAUAGUGAAGAUUUUGCUGGAUAAAGGUGCAAAAAUAAACGCAGUAGACAAUAAAAAAUGGACUCCACUGCAUUUGGCCGCUAGAUAUAACGCAGCUUCAGAUAUUGUCCAAAUGCUGCUCGAAAACGGUGCCGACGUUCAUUUACAAAGUCAAGGAGAAUUAACAGCCCUUCACCUAGCUGCUGGAUCUAGUGGAAACCCAGAAAUAGUGCAAUCUUUGCUCCUUAAAGGCGCCAAAGUAGAUGCGCAAGACGCGAAUUAUUGGACCGCACUGCAUCACGCCGCUAAAAGUAACCCAGUUGCCAAAGUGGUCCAAACGUUGCUGGAAAACGGCGCUGACAUUCAUUCACGAAGUAAACAAGGAUCAUCGGCCCUUCACCAAGCCGCUGGGUGGAACAAAAACCCGGAAAUAGUGAAAAUUUUGCUGGAUAAAGGUGCAAAAAUAAACGCAGUAGACAAUAAAAAAUGGACUCCACUGCAUUUGGCCGCUAGAUAUAACGCAGCUUCAGAUAUUGUCCAAAUGCUGCUCGAAAACGGCGCUGACGUUCAUUUACAAAGUCAAGGAGAAUUAACAGCCCUUCACCUAGCUGCUGGAUUUAAUGAAAACCCAGAAAUAGUGCAAUCUUUGCUCCAUAAAGGCGCCAAAGUAGAUGCGCAAGACGAGGAUAUUUGGACCGCACUGCACCACGCCGCUAAAAGUAACCCAGUUGCCGAAGUUGUCCAAAUGUUGCUGGAAAACGGCGCUGACGUUCAUUUACAAAGUCAAGGAGAAUUAACAGCCCUUCACCUAGCUGCUGGAUUUAAUGAAAACCCAGAAAUAGUGCAAUCUUUGCUCCAUAAAGGCGCCAAAGUAGAUGCGCAAGACGAGGAUAAUUGGACCGCACUGCACCACGCCGCUAAAAGUAACCCAGUUGCCGAAGUUGUCCAAAUGUUGCUGGAAAACGGCGCUGACGUUCAUUUACAAAGUCAAGGAGAAUUAACAGCCCUUCACCUAGCUGCUGGAUUUAAUGAAAACCCAGAAAUAGUGCAAUCUUUGCUCCAUAAAGGCGCCAAAGUAGAUGCGCAAGACGAGGAUAAUUGGACCGCACUGCAUCACGCCGCUAAAAGUAACCCAGUUGCCGAAGUGGUCCAAACGUUGCUGGAAAACGGCGCUGACAUUCGUUCACGAUGUCAACAAGGAUCAACGGCCCUUCACCAAGCCGCUGGGUGGAACAAAAACCCGGAAAUAGUGAAAAUUUUGCUUCAAAAUGAUGCAAAAAUAAAUGAACUAGACAAUGAUGAAUGGACCGCACUGCAUUUUGCCGCUAAAUUUAACCAAGCUCCAGAAAUUAUCCAAACAUUGCUGGAAAAUGGCGCUGACAUUCAUUCACAAUGUGAAGAAGGAUUAACGGCCCUUCACCAAGCCGCUGGGUGGAACAAAAACCCGGAAGUAGUGAAAAUUUUGCUGGAUAAAGGUGCAAAAAUAAACGCAGUAGACAAUAAAAAAUUGACUCCACUGCAUGUGGCCGCUAGAUAUAAUCCAGCUUCAGAUAUUGUCCGAAUGCUGCUCGAAAACGGCGCUAACGUUCAUUUACAAUGUCAAGGAGAAUUAACAGCCCUUCACCUAGUUGCUGGAUCUAGUGAAAACCCAGAAAUAGUGCAAUCUUUGCUCCAUAAAGGCUCCAAAGUAGAUGCGCAAGAUAAGAAUAAUUGGACCGCACUGCAUCACGCCGCUAAAAGUAACCCAGUUGCCGAAGUUGUCCAAACGUUGCUGGAAAACGGCGCUGAAAUUCAUUCACGAAGUCAACAAGGAUCAACGGCCCUUCACCAAGCCGCUGGUUGGAACCCAAAUCCAGAAAUAGUCAAGAUUUUGCUUAAAAAUGGUGCAAAAGUAAAUGAACUAGACAAUGAUGAAUGGACCCCACUGCAUUUUGCCGCUAAAUUUAACCAAGCUCCAGAAAUUAUCCAAACAUUGCUGGAAAACGGCGCUGACAUUCAUUCACGAUGCAAACAAGGAUCAACGGCCCUUCACCAUGCCGCUGGGUGGAACAAAAACCCGGAAAUAGUGAAAACUUUACUUGAUAAAGGUGCAAAAAUUAACGCAGUAGACUAUAAAAAUUGGACUCCACUGCAUUCGGCCGCUAGAUAUAACGCAGCUUCAGAUAUUGUCCGAAUGCUGCUCGAAAACGGCGCCGACAUUCAUUUACAAAGUCAAGGAGAAUUGACGGCACUUCACCUAGCUGCUGGAUUUAAUGAAAACCCAGAAAUAGUGGAAGCUUUACUUCCAAAAAUUGCCGAGAUAAAUUUAGAAAAUGCUCUUGGAGAGACUGCUUUAUUUCUAGCGGCAAAGCAUAAUCGAGUGAAAGAAGUGGUUCAAAAACUGCUCGACCAUGGUGCCAAAGUAAAUGAAAUGAUUAGGAAUGACAAAGAAUGUGUCGGUGUAUUACGUAAAAUGAAGGUCAACUCUGAAGUUCUUAAAAUACUAAAUGAAAAUGACUCUGAUGUAUAGUAGAAUGAUCGAAAUGACUGUUACGUAUUUUGUUUGUUCACAAGAGUGCGCAGGAUAUCCAUACCAGAAUAAUUGUAAAUGGCAAAAAAACAUCUAUAGUUUGCCACACAAUUGCAGAGAAGAAACAAUUUUUUAAUCUGCAAUUUGAAAUGAGAAGCACAAAGGCCAGAUAUUUGCAAAGCUACUAUUAUUGUAUUAUAAUAUCAAACACAAAUAAACUUUUCUAAUUAUGUACUAUUG